AUAUAUAUACGAGAAUGCGCAUUUGACUUGCUUCUGGGACGGCGGAGGAUCACAACGAGGCAACGAGGGAAAAUCGAGAACAAACGUAUAAAGUAAAAGACGAUAGGACAAAGUUCGGGGCCAAGUCUUUGAAUUCUCUUCUAUUUAAAAAAGGAACCCAUGACUUGCACAAAGUUCUACAGGCCAAAGCAAGAUUUAUUUAAGUAUUUCCUUCCUUCUCUGCACUCUGAAAGCUUCCAGGAAAAAACUAAGAAAGAGAAAACUGCUCUCAAAUCAAAAGAGAAUACCAAAACCACUGCUGACCCCUGUGAUCACACUGCAAUGCCAAAUACUUCUAUAAAAACGUGCGACUUUAGUGCUAGGCAGUCGUCAAAUUUGAUUUCCCCAUAGGAGAAUCCAGCGAAGUGCCUGCAAUCAAACCGAAAACUUGGCCAGAAUCGUCAGCUUGCGCUUAGUGGGCUACGGGGAGUCAGUUGGAGCAGAGUCCUAGUAAAUUCUUGCAAAUGGCAAGUGUAAAAAUCUCUCACGGAUUUGGCUUUGAAGUGCUAAGGUUUGUGGGGGGCCUGAAAGUAUUAUAUGUAUUAUAUAACUUUCACUUUUCGCGCCCGCUCUCAACGCAGGUGCUUAAAGGCUCUGGCAAAAGGCAGUGGCGGCAACAGCAGCAACGGCAACAGUGGCAGAAGUAACAACACUCUAAUUAAGCGAAGCCGAGGGGAACACUCGUUGGGGGGGGGAGAGCAGCUCGAGGAGUCAAAGGAAGGAAGGAUAAUCCGACGGAAGGACCAUCGGGAUGCCGCCACCAAUGCCGAAGCUGGUUCAUCUCCACUCGGCUCGUCGGUUCAUCGGCUCGGCUCGGCUGGCUGGCCGGGAAACGGAACUCAGAGUCGUUUCGACUGUCGAAAGGGAAAGUUCGAGCAGCGGAUACGAUACGAUACGACACGGAUCUACUGACUUAUCUUAGUCCACUUAAAUAUUAAUUGAAAGCACUGCGGAAGGGUGUAUUAUGUGUGGAAAAUGUGGCAAGUGAAACGCGCAUUGUCGGGUCAGUGUCAGCGCCCACUCGCUGUCCUGCUUCUGAGCGUCGCGUUAAUAAUUCAGAGCGUACAAAUCGGCGCCACGAAAGCUCAGCCGAGACACGAACCCAGCGUGGCAGAGGUGAAUACCUCAGGGCGAGCAGCCGUCAACGGAAAUGAGCAUGGGAGUGCAUCACGACGACUGACGCGUAGCGUGUUCCAUGUGCGAUGGAAUCCCAACGAAAAGUUCGUUGUGGAGAGUCGCGAGAGUCCGGCCAUCAACUCCUCCAAGCUGGCGCCCCAUCCGCGGCUAAAGGUCUCCAAGAAUACGAAACUCACGCUCAGCCCCAAGCUUUACGUGUGCCACGACAAGUACUCGGAUCAGUGCCACAACAAGACGCAGCAGUUCCGCCAGCGCAUUGUCCAGACCUUCGAUAAGUCCAUGAGCGAGUCGCUCAACGACUCGCAUCCCAAUCCCUACCACGUCGACUACAAGCCCGUGUUCGGGGAUAGCUUCGAGGAGCAGUACUAUCCGUCCACCUGCCUGGUCAUGGAAGCGGGCGUGCGGGUACUACGCCGCAAGGAUACACCCUUUGACAAAAUGCCCUUUGGCCGCCUCUUUCCGCGCCAGAAGCUCUUUCGCAACAUCAAGAACAUCAAGACCUGUGCGAUUGUCUCCAGCGCCGGCUCCCUGGCCGGCUCCAAGCUGGGUCGCUUCAUCGACACGCACGACAUUGUGAUGAGAUUCAAUCAUGCGCCCACGCAAGGACACGAGGUGGAUGUUGGCAGCAAAACCACAAUUCGUGUGGUGAAUUCUCAAGUGGUCACCAAGCCCGAAUUCGACUUUGCCCACGCUCCCAUCUUUCGCAAUGUGACGAUCGCCGCCUGGGAUCCAGGCAAGUACAACGGUACGUUGGAGGACUGGCUCACCAGCGCCGACUAUGAUCUGUUCACCAACUACGAGAUCUAUAGGCGUCGCUAUGCCAAGUCGCGGGCCUUCCUCAUCGAUCCCCAUUCCGUGUGGCGACUGUGGCAGACUCUGCAGAUGUUUGCCGGUAACCGUACCAUAAGACGUAAUCCUCCCAGUUCGGGUUUUAUUGGUCUGGCGUUGCUCUUGCCCCAUUGUCCUCAGGUGGACUUUGUAGAGUAUAUUCCCUCCACGCGGCUCAAUGGACGCUGUCACUACUACAGCAAGGAGAUGAAUGCCGCCUGUACGUUCGGCUCUUGGCAUCCCCUGGCCGCCGAGAAGCUGAUGACAUUGGACAUGAAUACGGCGGAUGAUAUGUCUGUAUUUCAGUUUGGGAUAGCGCGCAUACGCAGGCCGGAUAAACUGCUCUGCGGCUUCAACUUCUUUGGCUAUUGAGGAAGGCAAGGCAAGUCAAGGCAAGGCUCUUCCGCAGCAGCAGCGGAAGUUCAGCUGAGGGACAAUCGACGUGCAUUUAAUCAGCGGUUUUCACCAAGUGCAAUAAACAAUUCCCA